AAUAAUUAAAAUCCCAUUCAAAUAAAAAGAAAAGAAAAGUAUUAUUUAUUUAAAAGAAAAUGAAGUCUCCACUAUCUUCUUCUUCUUCUUCUUCCAUGGAUGUUCUUAGAAAACCUCGUUUGUCACCUUAUCUCUUCACAUUGUUAACUUUCAUAGUUUUCAUUACUAUUUUAUAUGGAGAAGACUUUAUAUGCAUUUUUGGACAGCUAGAACCGAUUCCCGGCCGAGCUAUCUCUAGACCAGUGAAGAAAAGGGAGAAGUUGGCAUUCGCCAUAGGGAAGAGUGAAGAGAAAUGUGAUGUAUUCAAAGGGAGGUGGGUAAGGGACGAGUUGAGUCGUCCGCUGUAUGAAGAAUCGGAGUGUCCGUACAUACAACCACAGUUGACGUGUCAAGAACAUGGAAGACCUGAUACUGAGUAUCAGAAAUGGAGAUGGCAACCCCAUGGCUGUGAUCUUCCUAGUUUCAAUGCGACAUUGAUGUUGGAGACCCUAAGAGGAAAGAGAAUGAUGUUUGUUGGAGACUCAUUGAACCGAGGUCAAUAUGUUUCAAUGAUCUGCCUUCUUCACAGGCUCAUCCCUGAGCAUGCUAAGUCCAUGAAAUCAUACAAUAAUGAUGCCCUCACAGUGUUCCGAGCCAAGGAUUACAAUGCCAGCAUUGAAUUCUACUGGGCUCCGUUUCUUCUCGAAUCAAACUCGGAUAAUGCCGUAGUCCACCGGGUAUCGGAUCGGAUCGUGAGGAGAGGCUCGAUAAAUAAGCAUGGCAAGCAUUGGAAGGGUGUUGAUAUUUUGGUUUUCAACACCUAUUUAUGGUGGAUGACUGGCUUGGACAUAAAAAUCUUGAAAGGGUCUUUUGAGGAUGAGGAGAAAGAAAUAAUUGAAGUGUCGGCCGAGGAUGCCUAUCGUAUGGCAAUGAGAAGCAUGCUGAGAUGGGUGAGGAAAAACAUGGAUCGCAAGAAGACAAGAGUGUUUUUCACUAGCAUGUCUCCUACUCAUGGAAAGGGCAUUGAAUGGGGAGGUGAACCGGGAGAGAAUUGUUAUAAUCAAACAACUAUAAUUGAAGAUUCAAACUAUUGGGAUUCGAAUAGUAGGAAAACCAUAAUGAAUGUGAUUGCAGAAGAGUUCAGUAAAUCCAAGUUUCCCAUCACAUUUCUCAACAUCACUCAACUCUCAAGCUAUCGUAAAGACGCACACACGUCGAUUUAUAAGAAGCAGUGGAGUCCAUUAACGGCCGAGCAGCUAGCCAACCCAGUUAGCUAUGCUGAUUGCGUCCAUUGGUGUUUGCCAGGCCUUCAAGACACUUGGAAUGAACUUCUCUUUUCCAAGUUGUUCUAUCCUUGAAAAUAUAUUUUUAUUUUAUCAUGAAAUUUUAUACAUCAAAUCUUUUUUGUAAUUGAUUUUUGUCAUGCCCAUGCAUAUAAGAUUUUAACUUUUUUUCUUUCUCA